UAUAAGUCAAUGCUCGGCUGCGGAUCUGACAUUCUGACAGUAAUUUUAGCUCAGCUGAAGUAGAAGCAAGAAUUGUAGCGAAAGUUGUAUUUGUGUUUUCGUCUUGUAGUUAUGCCUGGUCAAUCUUUAAUGUUGAAGGAUAAAGGCCAGUUGCUUUUUGAAGAUCAAUGGCCACAUAUGAGACCGAUAAUCUUAAAAUUAUUACAGCAAGAAACAGUUACCCACAAUGAGUGGCAAGACUUAUUUUACUCCAUGUAUCUUGUGUGUUUGUGGGAUGAAAAAGGAGUGUACAAGGUGCGGGAAGCUCUCAAAGAAGACAUAAUGCAAAUAAUAAAAAUUGCUCAGCAGAGAGUUUUGGCACACCAAGAAGAUCAAGCACUGCUGAAGGCAUACAUUGCUGAGUGGCGGAAAUUCUUUACGCAGUGUAUCUAUUUACCUACACCAUUCCGACAUUUUGAAAAUGCUGCUCAAGGUAAAACAACCACAACUUUGGGUGCUGGCAAGCAGACACAGUCAGAUGAAAGCAUCGUCAGAAAGUUAAUGUUGGACACUUGGAAUCAGAGUAUUUUCUAUGACAUCAAGCAAAGAUUGCAAGAUUCAGCCAUGAAAUUAGUCCAUGCCGAGAGAAAUGGUGAAGCAUUUGACUCACAAUUAGUUAUCGGUGUUCGAGAAUCUUACGUUAAUUUAUGCUCCAACCCUGAAGAUAAAUUGCAAAUUUAUCGGGAUAACUUUGAAAAAGCCUACAUUGAAGCAACCGAGGCUUUUUACAAAAUGAAAGCGCCAGAAUGUCUACGACUAAAUGGUGUCCAGAAUUACAUGAAAUAUGCAGAUGCAAAAUUACGAGAGGAGGAACUAAGAGCCCAGAAAUAUUUAGAACCAUGCAGUGGCUCGGUACAAUCGUUAACAGAAUGUUGUGUGGAAGUUUUGGUCACCACUUUUAAGAAUACCAUUAUUGCAGAAUGUCCUGAAAUGAUAAAGAACAAUGAAACAGCUAAAUUACAAUUGAUGUUCCGACUUCUUGAUCGAGUGCCCAAUGGAAUUGAGCCAAUACUCAGAAACUUGGAGGACCACAUUGUCCAUGCUGGUUUGGCUGACAUGGUUGCAUCUGCCGAUAUAAUUACUCAGGACUCUGAAAAAUACGUUGAACAACUCUUGGAGUUAUUUAAUCAAUUUAGUACACUUGUUAAACUUGCAUUCAAUGAUGAUCCAAGGUUUUUAACUGCUCGAGAUAAAGCAUACAAGCAAGUGGUAAAUGAUACUCAAGUUUUUCGUCUAGAACUGCCUAGUAAACAAAACGCCAGCUUAAAAUCUCAGCCUGAAUCAAAAUGUCCGGAGCUCCUUGCCAACUAUUGUGAUAUGUUAUUGCGUAAAACACCUCUAAGCAGGAAAUUAACUACCGAUGAAAUAGAAAACAAACUAAAAGAUGUGCUUCUGGUUUUAAAGUAUGUCCAAAAUAAAGAUGUCUUCAUGAGGUUUCAUAAAGCUCACUUGACAAGACGCUUGAUUCUAGAUACAUCAGCUGAUUCUGAAAAAGAGGAAAAUAUGGUAGAAUGGCUUCGAGAAAUCGGCAUGCCUGCAGACUAUGUCAAUAAGCUAGCUCGAAUGUUCCAAGAUAUCAAAGUUAGUGAAGAUUUAAACCUGCAUUUCAAAGAAACUUAUCGCAGCUGUAAAGGUAGUAUUGCUGAUUCAAUAAAUAUUAAAAUAUUAAAUGCUGGAGCUUGGGCAAGAGGAAGUGAACGCGUUACGGUAUCUUUACCCUUGGAAUUAGAGGACUACAUUCCAGAAGUAGAGGAUUUCUAUAAGAAGAAGCAUAGUGGUAGGAAACUUCAGUGGUAUCAUCAUAUGUCUAAUGGGACAAUAACUUUCUCCAAUGCUGUUGGGCGUUUUGAUGUCGAUGUGACCACUUUCCAGAUGGCUGUUUUAUUUGCAUGGAAUCAACGACCUUUUGAGAAAAUAACCUAUGAAAACCUGAGACUUGCAACAGAGUUACCCGAUCCUGAACUUCGGAGAACAUUGUGGUCUCUAGUUGCUUUUCCAAAACUUAAGAGGCAAGUGGUAUUGUAUCUUCCCGAAGUACCUUCUCCGAAAGACUUUAAAGAAAAUACAACAUUUUGGAUCAAUCAGGAAUUUGCAUUAGUCAAAAAUGGGAAGCUUCAAAAAAGAGGUAAAAUAAAUUUAAUUGGUCGGUUACAGCUUUCAACAGAAAAAAGCAAAGAGGAAGAUAAUGAAAAUAUCGUUCUCUUGCGAGUAGUUAGAGUACAAGAAGCAAUCAUAAAAAUACUAAAAAUGAGGAAGAAAAUUACUAAUGCUCAGCUGCAACCCGAGUUGGUAGACAUCCUCAAAUACAUGUUUUUGCCCAGUAAGAAGAUGAUAAAAGAGCAAAUAGAGUGGCUCAUUGAGCAUAAAUACAUGAGACGAGAUGAAGAAGAUAUUAACACAUUUAUCUACAUGGCCUAAGUCCUGUGUUUGAUGACUCAUUUUGAGUGUCAUGAUCAUUUUAUACAAUUGAGUCAUCUCAGCUCCAAUAUUGACGCAGAAGUGGUUUUGUUGAAUGAACAUUUAUUUUUAUACAUUUUUUGCGACUAUCAUCAUCUAAGAAAUAGCAUUCAAAAAAGAUACAGCUGUAAAGCUUAGCUGAAGAGCAUUUAGUCCCUAAUGUUUUACGGUUUUUAACUUUAGCUAAAGUGCAUAAUCGUAAACAUUGUAUGCAGUGCACUUUAUCACUGCACAAAUGCUCAAAAUCAAAGAUCUGAAUAAGUUUUAAAAUAACAAUCGAAUUUUUAAAAAGAAGUAAAAGCUGUUAUAUUCAUAUUUCAACAUUUUUAAAAAACUCAAGCCUUUACCAUACGAUUAUUUGUCGGAAGUUUUUCGGUGGUUACCCAGGCCACCAUAAUCAGCUGA